UAGGGAGCCGCGCCCGCGCGCGGGGCAGCCUGGGAAGUGGAGUUCGCGGCGGGCGGGUUGCCAUGGCUACCGGGGGCCUCGGGAAGGAAAUGUGAGGGAGUCGCGGCUCGCCUUGGAUCGAAGAAAAGGAGCCCGAGGAAGGAAGGACGACCGGCUGGACGGCCAGCUGUGGGGAGGGGGCUGAAGCCGGAAUCCGAGCCGCCUCCGUCCUCUCUCCUGCGGGGAGCGGUGGGGUGGGAAGAGAAAAGGCGCGGGAGGCUUUCUAGCCACGGGAGGACUCGACGCUCUAUGGGCUGAAGGGAGAUCAUGGCAGCCUCGUAUAAGCUGGAUGAUGGGCAGUGUUAUCCCACCAACUGCUUUCCCGCUAAAAGCCUUCUGCAGCCUCGAUACGAAGAAGGCGCCGGUCACUGGCAGGUGGCCCGUCAUAAUGUGGAGAAAAGCAAGGCCGAAUGGCUGCUUGGCAUGGAAGCUGCCCAGCAGAGCUGGCAAGAGUGUUUGCGGAAAGCUCAGUGCCCCAGGCCCGACAAAGUCCUCAAUGGGGCCCUGCUGAUCAAGCUCCACCAUGUGCAGACACCUUCGGAUUUGUGCUCCGUGAAUAUCAGCCACCAGAACUUCGCCUUGGCAAGGGAGAGAGAUUUUAUGCAGUUCGAUUCCGUCGCUUACAUCAACGCCACCGAAAACCUGUUGACUUUAGAAACUUUCCGUAACUUUCCUGGCCUUCGGGAGCUGGAACUUUCUCUGAAUGGUCUGAGGAAUCUUAAAAUCAGGAUUGGGGAUUUCCCUCACUUGGAAGUAAGUCCGGAGGGCAAAAUGUGCGUCUUGCGGAGGAGAAAGGAGAAUUGGCGGGAAUAUCGGGAAGCUUUGGAACUCCUGAAGGAAUUUCAGAAGGACUAUAAAUGCACGGUGGCCGUUUGUAACAAGGUCAACGAAUCCAGGGCAAUCAGCAAGGACCAGGUUCCCAAAACCAGUGUCAAGUCCAUCCAGAAGAUCCGAAGUCUUCCUGCGAUCAAGGCCAGGAGAAAGCUGGAUGCGUCCUCCCUCCGGGACCUUCAAGAGAAGAACGACUCCCCUCCAUCCCACCAAUAA